AUGCCCGUUGUCUCGAAUCUUGUGCUCCCGCAAAUCAGUGAUGAACUAAUCUUCCAAAACUUAUUAUCUCUCUUGUUUUUGUUCAUUACUGCCUUCUCAGGUGAUGACGAUGCGAAGAUGAGAGAGAUAGGCGGUCAAUCAAUGGUUUUUUACCCGCUGUCAAGUCUGUGGCGCCGGAGGCGGUCCAAGACUGUAUCUUGCCUAGCUACCUAG